CCAUAUCCUGCUUUACUGGGUCAAGUCUCUCUUGGACCAGUGCUCGUCUGUCAUUGCUAAAGUGGACCAACCGUUGCUGCUGGGGGAGGUAGGCUCCCCUGGCGACUGUACCUCAGUCAGAUCAGACCUCUCAGAUCACUUCCAAUGAAGAUGGCUUUUCCUGGGACUCAUGCUUGUUCCAGCAUCUUCUAAUAAUGGGACAAGUUUGUGCCUGCAGGUCUGAGGGCAGGAGAACGGGGCUAAUCAGGCCAUCCAGGAAACACUGGAGGACUUGUCCAGCCUUUGAAGCAUUCUAGCAGUUUCUGACCCUUGCCCACUCUGGCGGUAAGCAUGGUGCCAUUUCUGCAACUUUGGCUGGGGCUCUUGGGGCUAGGUGGCUACUUGUUCCUUUCAGGAGAUUGUCAGGAGGUGACCACUCUCACGGUGAAAUACCAAGUGACAGAGGAAGUGCCAUUUGGAACAAUGAUAGGGAAGCUGUCCCGGGAGCUGGGCCGGGAGGAGAGGCGUGCACAAAGGGGGGCUGCCUUCCAGGUCUUGCAGCUGCCUCAGGGGCUCCCCGUCCAGGUGGGUGCUGAGGAUGGUUUGCUCAGCACGGGGAUGCGGCUGGAUCGGGAGCAGCUGUGCCGGCAGCGAGAUCCCUGCCUGGUUUCCUUUGACGUGCUUGCUACAGGGGACUUGGCUCUGAUCCACGUGGAAAUUCAAGUGCUGGACAUCAACGACCACCAGCCACGGUUUCCCAAAGGUGAGCAGGAGCUGGAAAUCUCUGAGAGUGCCUCUCUGCACACAAGAAUCCCUUUAGAUAGAGCUCUCGAUCCAGACGCUGGCCCCAAUACCCUCCACUCCUACACCCUGUCUCCUAGUGAGCAUUUUGCCCUGGACGUCAUUGUGGGGCCUGAUGAGACCAAACAUGCAGAACUCGUGGUGGUGAAGGAGCUGGACCGGGAAGUCCACUCAUUUUUUGAUCUGGUGCUGACUGCAUACGACAGUGGGAAUCCCCCUAAGUCAGGUACUAGCUUGAUCAAGGUCAACGUCCUGGAUUCCAAUGACAACAGCCCUGUGUUUGCAGAGAGUUCAUUGGCAUUAGAAAUCCAAGAAGAUGCUGUCCCUGGCACUCUCCUCAUAAACCUGACUGCCACAGACCCUGACCAAGGCCCCAAUGGGGAGGUGGAGUUCUUCCUCAGCAAGCACAUGCCCCCAGAGGUGCUGCACACCUUCAGUGUUGAUGCCAAGACAGGCCAGGUCAUUCUGCGCCAGCGCCUAGACUAUGAGAAGAAUCCUGCCUAUGAGGUAGAUGUUCAGGCAAGGGACCUGGGUCCCAACCCCAUCCCAGCCCAUUGCAAAGUUCUCAUCAAGGUUCUGGAUGUCAAUGACAAUGCACCAAGCAUCCACAUCACAUGGGCCGCCCGGCCAUCACUGGUGUCAGAAGCUCUUCCCAAGGAUAGUUUCAUUGCGCUUGUCAUGGCAGAUGACUUGGACUCAGGGAACAACGGUCUGGUCCACUGUUGGCUAAAUCAAGAGCUGGGCCACUUCAGGCUGAAAAGGACUAAUGGCAACACAUACAUGCUGCUAACCAAUGCCACACUGGACAGAGAGCAAUGGCCCAAAUAUACCCUCACUCUGUUAGCCCAAGACCAAGGACCCCAGCCUUUAUCAGCUAAGAAACAGCUCAGCAUUCAGAUCAGUGAUGCCAACGAUAAUGCACCUGUGUUUGAGAAGAGCCAGUACGAGGUGUCCACUCGAGAAAACAACCCACCCUCUCUUAACCUCAUCACCAUCAAGGCUCAUGAUGCAGACUUGGGCAUUAAUGGGAAAGUCUCAUACCGCAUCCAGGACUCUCCUGUUUCUCACUUAGUAGCCAUUGACUCAGAAACAGGAGAGGUCACUGCUCAGAGGUCACUGGACUAUGAAGAGAUGGCUGGCUUUGAGUUCCGGGUGAUAGCAGAGGAUUGGGGGCAACCCCAGCUUGCCUCCAGCAUCUCUGUGAGGGUCAGCCUCUUGGAUGCCAAUGAUAAUGCUCCAGAGGUGAUUCAGCCUGUGCUCAGUGAUGGAAAAGCCACCCUCUCAGUGCUUGUAAAUGCCUCCACAGGCCACCUUCUGGUGCCCAUUGAGACUCCAAGUGGCUUGAGUACACCACCACUGUCCACUCACAGCUCCCGGCCAUUCCUUUUGGUGACCAUUGUGGCAAGAGAUGCAGACUCGGGGGCAAACGGAGAUCUCCUCUACAGCAUUCGAAGAGGUAAUGAAGCCCAUCUCUUUGUCCUCAGCCCCCAUCUGGGACAGCUGUUCAUCAAUAUCACCAAUGCCAGCAGCCUCAUUGGGGGUGAGUGGGAGCUGGAGAUAGUGGUGGAGGACCAGGGCAGUCCCCCCUUGCAGACCCAGGCUCUGUUGAGGGUGAUGUUUGUUACCAGUGUAGACCACCUAAGGGACUCUGCCUAUGAACCAGGAGUCCUGAGUGCAUCAGUGCUGACAAUGAUUUGCCUGGCUGUUCUGCUGGCCAUCUUUGGCUUGAUCUUGGCUCUGUUCAUGUCCAUCUGCCGGACAGAGAAGAAAGACAACAGAGCGUACAACUGUCGGGAAGCUGAGUCCACCUACCGCCACCAGCCCAAGAGGCCUCAGAAACACAUCCAGAAGGCAGAUAUUCACCUGGUCCCUGUGCUCAGGGGCCAGGUGGAUGAGGCUGAUGAAGUUGGGCAGUGCCACAGAGAUGCUGGCAAGGAAGCGAUGAUGGAAGCAGGCUGGGACCCCUGCCUGCAGGCCCCCUUCCACCUCACGCCAACCCUGUACAGGACCCUGCGUAACCAAGGCAACCAGGGAACACUGACAGAGAGCCGAGAGGUGCUGCAGGACACUGUCAACAUGCUUUUCAACCAUCCCAGGCAAAGGAAUGCCUCCAGGGAGAACUUAAACCUUCCUGAGUCCCCGCCUACCCCAGGCCAACCCCAUGCGAGACCCCUGAAGUUUGCUGGCAGCCCCAUGGGGAAGCUGGCAGGAGACCAAGGCAGCGAGGAGGCUCCACUGAGCCCUCCAGCAUCCUCGGCCACUCUGAGGCGGCAACGGAAUCUCAUUGGCAAAGUGUCGCCUAAGAAAGAAUCAGGUCCCCACCAGAUUCUGCGGAACCUGGUCCGACUGUCCGUGGCGGCCUUUGCAGAACGGAACCCUGUGGAGGAGCUCACUGUGGAUUCUCCCCCUGUUCAGCAAAUCUCCCAGCUGCUGUCCUUGCUGCAUCAGGGCCAAUUCCAGCCCAAACCAAACCACCGGGGAAAUAAGUACUUGGCCAAGCCCGGCGGCGGCAGGAGUGCAGUCCCAGACACGGAUGGUCCAAGUGCCAGGACUGGUGGCCAGGCAGAACCGGACCAGGAGGAAGGGCCUUUAGAUGCUGAAGAGGACCUCUCUGUGAAGCGGCUGCUAGAAGAAGAGCUAUCAAACCUGUUGGAUCCCCACACAGGGCUGGCCCUGGACCGGCUGAGUGUCCCCGACCCAGCCUGGAUGGCGAGGCUGUCACUGCCCCUCACCACCAACUACCGAGACAACGUGUGCUCCCCGGACGCUGCGGCCUCGGAGGAACCCAGAACCUUCCAGACGUUCGGCAAGGUGGCGGGGCCUGAGUUGAGCCCCGCGGGCACGCGGCUGGCCAGCACCUUCCUCUCGGAGAUGAGCUCGCUGUUGGAGAUGCUGCUGGAGCAGCGCUCCGGGGUGCCGGUGGAGGCCGCCUCUGAGGCCCUGCGGCGGCUGUCGGUGUGCGGGAGGACCCUCAGCCUAGACCUGGCCACCAGCAGGGCCGCCGGCCCCGAAGUGCAAGGGGGCCCGGGUGGGAAGGCUGAGGGCAGACGCGGUGUGCCCGGCAGGAACCUGUGAGCGCACCUUGGAGACCUCUGGAUCCAAAACCCAGCUCUCCUGGGAGAUGUUAGGCCCUGAGGAAAUGAGUUGGUGUCUGAAGCCUUGGAACCCACCAAUCAGAUGAGGCACAAACUUUAGGGUGAUUGAUGCUGCCCCCACCCCACAGAGGAGGCAGAGCCUUCUAACAGCUGACUGAUGGGCUCUGCCUGUGAGCUUUUUGGAAGACUGGAACAGUUGGUGGCUGAGGUGUUUGCUGGCAGAACGCAAGUAGAAUGCCAAAGGUUGGUUCUCUGUUGGAACAGAUGCCACCAAGUACCACAGGAAAGGAAGGUGACCUGGUUGGAGACUGGAGGCUGAGGGCUGGAUCCUGGGGGUGCCAGGCAAUGCUCUCUGACCUACUAAUAAAGGAAAAGCUGCAGCUCAUGCUUGUGUGCACCUGUCACAAAGGAGGAGAGAAGAGUAACAGAGUGAGGGUUGUCAUUCAAUCCCUGGCAAGUUCAUGUGGGCCUGGACAGGAGAGAGGGGCAUAUGGUGCACAGUGACAGGUACAUAGACAAUGGACAUGUUUGCUCCUGACCCCAGUCUGCUCUGUUGUCAAAUAAUCUGACCUCAGCUGGGAAAUUAGGACUAAGAAAAGCACGACUAUAACUACAGCAGUUAUAUCAGCCGCACACUAGAAUUUACAAUGGGAUUUAAUUUGAUUUCCCCACAACCUGGGAGGGAGGUGUUAUAAUCCCCUCUUCACAGACAAAAAC